ACCACUGCCCGUUACCUGUGGCUUUGCUGGGAUAUCAAGUGUGGUGUCUUUUUCAUUAACCUUUGGAGUGAAUCGCCCAGAAUAAUACACAGACAAUAGGCUGGCACAGAAGUCGCCUGCACCAUGUCUGGAUCCAUACCGUUCUACCAGAAGCGCCAUCACCACUAUGACCGCGGCUACCGCAGCUCGGAGUUGGAGUCCACCAUGAGCCGCUACCAGUCCAGCAGCAGGUUCACUGCUGGCAGCAGCAGAUCUGCUCUGAGCAGCAGCAGGGGGCUGUCUGUGUCUUCCCUCUCUGGGCUGGAGGAGAGCAGACUGAGCCCUUUGCCCAAGAGACCUAAGUCGACUUACUUAGCAGUGGACAGAGACAACCACGUCAUUGGAUAUGUAGUGCCUAUCUUCAGGGGCAGGGGAGAAUUUGCCUCAGGAUUUUCUGAUACAGAGGAGGCCAGGGAGAGAGACACUGCUCAGAUGAGCCGCAGGGAAUUGUUUUCCACGAGCCUGGAGACGGAGCAAAUCUCCAGGAAGGAGGCCAUGCGUGAGACGGCCAAUCGCAUCUCUCUCAACAAAAGGAUCCAUGAGCAAGGAGAGCACUUUAAGCGUAUGAACGAAGACAGCCUGAUGCACUCUCCAGAGUUUGUGAUUAAGCCUCGCUCCCACACAGUGUGGGAGAAGCAGUGUGUGCGCCUGCACUGCACUGUCAGCGGCUGGCCUGACCCCAGGGUCGUAUGGUACAAAAACAAUGUGGCUAUUGACCCCCUUGGCAACCCAGGAAAAUAUAAACUUGAAAGCAAAUACAAUGUCCACUCACUGGAAAUCAACAGGUGUGAUUUUGAUGAUACUGCACAGUAUCGUGUUUCUGCCAUGAACUCCAAGGGGGAGCUGUCUGCCUUUGCCUCUGUCGUUGUAAAGAGGUUUAAAGGUGAAGUUGAUGAGUUUCUGCCUGCCCCCAGGCGGGCCAUUACUCGAGAGGGCCCUGUGUCUGAGUAUGGCAUUAACUUCCAGAUACACAUCGUUGAUAAGUUUGUAGUUUCAUUUGGAAGAGAGGGCGAAACUAUGAGCCUGGGAUGCACCGCCGUCAUUUAUCCAACUUUAAACAGAUACCAGCCUGAGAUCCAGUGGUACAGAGAUGAUGUUUUGCUGUCUCCUUCUAAAUGGCACCAGAUGCAAUGGAGUGGAGACAGAGCCACGCUGACGCUCGCACACCUGAACAAAGAGGACGAGGGACUCUAUACUUUACGUGUCACCACUAAGUCUGGAUAUGAGACACACUCAGCCUACGUAUUUGUGAGAGAUGCUGAGGCUGAGGUGGAAGGAGCCCCAGCUGCACCUCUGGAUGUUCGUUGUCUUGAUGCCAAUAAGGACUACAUCAUUGUCACCUGGAAGCAGCCAGCAGUCGAUGGUGGCAACUCUAUUCUUGGCUACUUUGUGGACAGAUGUGAGGUUGGAACAAACCACUGGGUCCAAUGCAAUGAUACUCCUGUGAAGUUUGCCCGUUUCCCCGUCACUGGUCUGGUUGAAGGCCGCUCCUAUGUGUUCCGCGUCCGCGCUGUGAACAGCUGUGGUAUGAGCUACCCAUCCCGAGUGUCUGAGCCUGUCGCUGCUAUGGACCCGGCAGACCGCGCACGUAUGCGAGGCACUUCUGCUCCCUGGACCGGGCAAAUCAUUGUGACAGAGGAGGAACCUGCAGAAAGUGUUGUUCCUGGAAGGCCUCGUGAACUGCAAGUGACAGAGGCCACCAAAAACUAUGUUGUGCUGAGCUGGAAGCCCCCCGGGGAGAAGAGCCUUGAAGGUCUCAUGUAUUAUGUAGAAAAGUGUGUCUCUGGCACAGACAAUUGGCAGAGAGUGAACACAGAUAUCCCAGUCAAAUCUCCACGCUUUGCACUGUUCGAUCUGGCUGAAGGGAAAUCCUACAGUUUUCGUGUUCGCUGCUGCAACUCUGCUGGAGUGGGUGAACCAUCUGAUCCAACUGAGGCCACUACAGUCGGAGACAAACUUGAUAUCCCAGCGGCUCCAGGGAAAGUGGUCCCCACUAGAAAUACAGACACCUCAGUGGUAGUGUCCUGGGAAGCCUCCCAGAAUGCAAAGGAAUUAGUGGGAUACUACAUAGAAUGUAGCAUUGAGGGCAGCAAUGUGUGGGAACCUUGCAACAACAAGCCUGUGAAUGUCACCAGGUUCAUUUGCCAUGGCCUGAUGACAGGGGAAAGGUACAUCUUUAGAGUGAGGGCUGUCAAUGCAGCAGGACUCAGCAGCUUCUCUCCAGAAUCUGAGGCUGUUGAAGUGAAGGCUGCUAUUGCAUCCCCCACUCCACCCUAUGGGAUCACUGUUUUAGAGUGUGUGCGUGACUCCAUGGUGCUUGCAUGGAAACAGCCCAAAUCUAUUGGUGGCGCUGAUAUCACAGGCUACUUUGUGGAUUACCGGGAGGUCAUUGAUGGAGUGCCAGGACAGUGGCAUGAAGCCAACAUUAAGGCAGUCAGUGAGAGAGCAUACAGAGUGUCUGACCUGCUGGAGAAUAGAAAGUAUCAGUUCCAGGUGAGGGCCGCAAACAUGGCGGGUGUGGGGAUCCCAUCUCUGCCUAGUGACACUUUUCUGUGUGAGGAGUGGACCAUUGCAGUCCCAGGUCCACCUCAUGACCUGGAGAUCAGAGAGGUGCGUAGUGACUCCAUGGUGCUGCUAUGGAAACCACCUGUAUAUCAGGGUCGUGACCCCAUCAAUGGAUUUUACAUUGAUGUCAAGGAAGCAGAGGCUUCGGAUGAGGCAUGGAGAGGUGUGAACACUAAGGCCACCGACAAGACAUUUUAUAAGGUCAAAAACUUAAGUGAAGGACAGACUUAUGUGUUCCGUGUCCGCGCUCAAAACCAGGCGGGUGUGGGAAAAUCCUCUGAAGUCACAGAGGCCGUUGAAGCUGUCACCAAACCAGGCACCAAGGAGAUUGUUGUGGAUGUUGAUGACGAUGGUAUCAUCUCCCUAAACUUUGAAUGUGGCGAAAUUACACAGGACUCCAAGUUUGUGUGGUCCAAAAACUAUGAAGAAAUCUCUGACUCAACUCGGGUAGCUGUAGAGACCAAGGGAAACAAGUCCAAGGCUGUGUUCAGCAGUCCUGCAGAGGAAGACAUUGGGAUUUACUCAUGUCAUGUCACUCACACGGACGGUGCUUCCUCCAGCUACACUUUGUCUGCUGAAGAGCUGAAAAGACUGCUGCAGAUUAGCCACGACCAUAAGUUCCCCAUUAUUCCACUGAAGUCAGAGUUGGCAGUAGAGAUGUUGGAGAAGGGCAGAGUCCGCUUUUGGCUGCAGGCAGAGAUGUCGGGAAAUGGCAAAAUUGAUUACGUGUUCAAUGAUAAUGGCAUAUCUCAGGGGGAGAAAUACAAGAUGAAUUUUGACAAAAACACAGGAGUUAUUGAGAUGACCAUGGAGUCUUUAACUCCUGCUGACGAGGGGACCUACACCUUCCAGCUUCAGGAUGGAAAAGCUAAAAACCAGUCUAGUUUGGUGCUGAUUGGGGAUGUAUUUAAAGAGCUGCAAAAGGAGUCUGAGUUCCAAAGAAAAGAAUGGUUCCGAAAACAAGGUCCUCACUUUAUUGAGUACUUGGGCUAUGAGGUGACACCAGAAUGCUGUGUGAUACUCAAGUGCAAGGUUGGAAACAUGAAGAAAGAAACCACUGCUAUUUGGUACAAAGACGGUAAAGAGAUCAAAUCAGAUAACAACCUGGGCUUCACAGAGGGAGUGCUAAAGCUAGAAAUUGCACAGAUUUCCAAGAAAGAUUCCGGUGUGUAUGAAGUUGUUCUGAAGGAUGACAGAGGAAAGGACACUUCUAAAUUGAAUUUGACAGAACAAGGUUUUAAAGACUUGAUGAACGAGGUUUUCAGCUUUAUUGCCAAUUCCUCCACUCCACUGAAGAUCACAAGUACAGAAAAUGGCAUCCGUCUCUACACAUUUGUCAGCUACUACAACGACUUACUCCAAGUGACAUGGCAUUACAAGGAUUCGGCCAUAGCCUUCUCUGACCGUAUAAAGAGUGGAGUUGUGGGUGAGCAACUCUGGCUGCAGAUCACAGAGCCCACAGAAAAAGACAUGGGCACAUAUGCCAUUGAGUUUAAUGAUGGAAAAGGCGGCUUGAGGAGAACCGUGGAGCUGAGCGGACAAGCGUAUGAUGAUGCUUAUGCAGAAUUCCAGAGACUCAAAGCUGCUGCUAUUGCAGAGAGAAGUCGUGCUCGAGUAGCAGGAGGUCUGCCUGAUGUGGUCACUAUCCAGGAGGGCAAGGCCCUGAAUUUGACCUGUAAUAUUUCUGGUGACCCCGUGCCCGUGGUUACCUGGCUAAAGAACGACAAAGAGAUCACGUCAGAUGAGCACUGCAUCCUUAAAUUUGCGUCGGGCAAGUUUGCCAGCUUCACGAUCACGGGUGUGAAUAUUUCAGACUCUGGCAAGUACAGCAUCCUGGUGAAGAACAAGUACGGCACCGAGAGCGGAGACUUCACUGUAAGUGUGUUCAUCCCAGACCAGGCCAGUAAGAGCAAGUAACAUGCUCACUGCAAACAUGUACAAAUGAAUGUACUGCAAGAGGCUAAACAGCGAAUAAAUGUUGAAGUUGUUUGUGUAGAGAGUAAGCAAGUGAUUCAUUUAUGUGAAACCACAGUAAAAUUCAGAUAACAAAGAAGAUAAUGUAAAAGAAUCUAUCAAACACACAUUACAUGUACCCGUAACCAGUUAGCCUUCUGUUAUAAGACAUAUCAGUUGCUCUAAGUAAAUAAUCAAGUUACUGUAUGUAUUAUAAUUCGAUAAUUGUUCUAAAGCUUAAUCAUGUGAUUUUAUGUUUCCUGUUUUCACUGUGAAUGUUGUCACCACACGUUGUUUCCCACCCAUCACUUUAUGGUCUUUCACUACGAUCAUGACACUCCCUCAUCAUUAGAUCAUUUAUUUGUAAUGACACUGUUUCAAAGGCCCUGUAUUACUGUUCAUGCAAGUGUAUCACUGUAUCCUUGUUGGUGAAACUAAUAAAUAAGCAUGUGCCUUCCUGACA